AUGGCACUCGGAGCAUCUGGAGCCCAGAAUCAGCAAGACAGCGCUCCUGUUGCCAUCUUCAUGACGAGCUUGGCUCAGGGGGACCUGCCGCUCACAGAGGCCCAAGGAUCGUCACAAAAUUUCAGAGCUUUCUGGGAUGACUUCUGCCUUGUGGCGCAAGUGGUGAAGAACACACCUACCAAUGCAGGAGACAGACACAGGUUUGAUCCCUGGGUCAGGAAGAUCCCCUGGAGGAGGAAAUGGCAACCCACUCUGGUAUUCUCGCCUGGAGAACCGCAGGGACAGAGGAGCCUGGCGGGCUACAAUCCAUGGUGUCGCACAGAGUCAGACACAACUGAGGUAUCUCAGCACAUGCACAUGCUUCUUCCCUUAAAUCAAGCCUGGAAAACUCCUCUUCUGCUGCCAAAUUCCUGGACAGCUGGCAGUGGAGGGAGUGGAAAGAACUGUUUUCAAGGGACUGGGCUGGAGACCCCUCUUCUCAGUUGA